AUGUCGAACCUUGAAUACCCCUACUACUACUACUACUACUACUACUCCGCCACCAAGGCAGAUACGCCCUUUUUUGCCCUCUUGCUUUUCACGAGGUCUUUCCAAUUCAUUCCGUUCGAUGCGCGACACCUGAACUUGAUGUCUCCGAAUGUUUACUGCCCCUUCUGUGGAGUCAUCCUGUUGCCCGAUCCGUAUAGUGACGACCCAGCGUCUCCACGGACCCGCGUUCGCCCUUGGUACGCAGAAAUACGAGGCAUCUACUCAAAUGCUAACGAUGUGAGUGACAUCGCUUUAACCGGGCUAGGAAUCGUAGUGUCCCGGAACUAUCUCAACGCGCCACUGGACAGUGAUUCAUCUUAUGUCGGCGUGGGGACGGAAGCGCUGGAGGAAUGGAGGCUCUUCCAAUCAUCUGAAAUUCGUUGGUGCUUUGGCUUUCAUGAGUCGUGCUGGAGAUUGCUUCUCCUGAGGCUUGGCCAUGGACAGAAUGUACACUUCCCGGAUCAAAUGGCCGUUGCAGAGUCGGUUUUCUACCAGCUCUAUUGCACCCCUUGCCUUGAGGCCUCCCGCUUCCAGUUCGGUCACGACUACGAGGGAGCUGCACAAACACAGAAAACGCUUGGGCGGCCGACGGCAAUAGACCCGAGCUCACAUCUCUACGCUGACCCCUGUGCGAUUCCUCCUACGGAAAUCCUGGACGAUUCACUUUGGAGAAAGCGAAAUGUUGCUUGUUCCUCAAAUGCAAUUGCGGCAAACAUUGAUUGCCUCGGUGGAGGGGCCACCUGUGUCUCUGAAUUCUUUAAACUCUCGCCAGAAUUAAGAUUUGAGGUGCUUUCAUAUCUAUCCUUUCACGAGCUUCUAAGUAUGAGACUUGUCUGUCGGGAUCUGGCUCUAUUUGCGACUGUUGAUAAGCUCCCACAGUCGUACUGGCGAACUAGAUUCCUCCUUGGUCAAGAGGCUGAUUUUCUUUUCCCCAAUCUCUCGGACACACGAGACUGGUCUCGGCUUUUCUUUGGGACUAGGGCGUCUCUAAGGGCUAGAUGCCUGCCCUUGGUCAACCGAAAGAGAGUCCGCCAGCUGCUGGAGCCUAUAGCUGCCCUCGUGGAUCUAGCUGCUGUUUUUCGAAAUGGUCCGUACGGAUCUACCUUUGAACCGGCGAAAACCCAAGGAAAUUAUUAUCAACUAGCUGAUACCGGAAAGCCACCUCGACCGAUGGAGAAGGUUUGCUCCUUUUCAGGCCAAUUAGCUGCUAUUGACGCCGACAGUCCCUUGCAUGAUGGGUGCCGUGUGCUUUACGAUAGGGCGCAAUUAUUUAUGUCCCCGCUGGCGCGGGGACAUCGGCAGCGAAUAGGUAUCUCAACCAUUCAAAUCGGAACACGGGGCUUUAUAUCAGGAAUCAGCCUAUUCCCACCAGGGGACAACAUUGCCGUCGAUCAUCAAGCUGGGUACCACAAUCACGCUUCUGAGAAGUGGGUAGAAAUACCGUCUUCUUCGUACGUGAAUGCUCUUUGUGUAUCGUUCUGCUCGGAAGGACUGACAGGCAUCAAAUUUAUGUUUACAAACUCGGAUCCAUCAGGAUGGAUUGGCAACAACAGUGGCCCCGGAAUUGCUUAUGGAACGCUUACUAUUCCUGAAGGGAACAAUCAGUAUUGCUUGCUUGCAAGCUUAGAUCGUUUCAAAAUUGUUUCCAUCGGCCUGGGCGAAUUGAUUGAUCAUCCUGGAGAUUCUUUGACGCCUUCCUCCCAAGGAAAAACGAAUUUAUCCCCGGCACAGUCUCAUUUGUGGAUUCCGCAUGUCCCAGCGUAUGAAGACUUGAUAAUCAGCGAUCUUUUACCAUCCCGGCCUUCCCGGACUUUUGAACCGUUGACUAAUAUUGACUUUGGUGGUUCAAGAGGCCUGCUUCUCGGGUCCCUGACAAGACUUACGUUUUAUAUGGCAUCGCGCCCUCACCCACUCAUUGGAAUAGAGAUUUUCUACUCUAAUGGGAAUUCAACCCUUUUCGGCUCUAAUGGAAGCUGUGGAGUCUCGCUUUUUGUCGACGGCCCCGGGGGAGAGCGAAUCAAUCGGAUCGGCAUUCUGGAAGAUAAAUUCGUCCUAGACCCAGCAACUGGCUUGGCUGGUUUGCAGAUCUCCACAAAUUAUGGACGAGUUGUCAUUUUUGCACCUCUUGGUUCCAAGUUCAACGCAGCUACUGGUCUCAUGUUGACUUCACCUCCUGGCAACACAAUCACCGGAUUUGUUGCCUCUGAGUCCGAAAACCAACCCAAUUUCAUUAGAGUCGCUGUUCAGUCCCAAAAGUGUGCCGAACAACCCGUGGUGCCGGAUACCAUGGACUGGGAAUGCCAUCAGAUACCCGAAGAUCAGCUGCGAUACGACGAAAUAUUCUCCCAUUAUAUAGACAGUUCGAAUCCCGGUAACUAUCAAACCUAUGCUUCACUGAAAAAUGUCCGGAAGAUUCAAGCAUCCGUGGGCAUCCAAGGCCGAUCUAGAUCUACGAACCGCAUAUCCGGCUUGAAGCUUGAAUAUUAUGACCAUCCAAGUCCCGGGAUAAUCGGACAAUGGAUGGAUGGGCUUAGUGGUAGCUUUGAACUAUCCCAAGAUGAGCGAGUCCAGUCGUUAACUGUAUGGGCGACUCCAAUGGGGUUCUCAAGGGAAUGCCGACGGAUGGAAGUAGGCCAAGUCGCAGCCAUACAAUUUGAGACGACGUGUUCGCGCAGCGUGAUAUUCCGCUCCCCGGACUUCCAUCCCCUCCCACCCCGAAAGUUGCAACACCAGUACCAGAUCGAUUCCGACGAGGAGAUGGCGGCUAUCUCGUGGAUAUUCAACGUACAUUCUGAUGGGGUCCGAGCAGUGCUUUCUACCGAAGGAAGCCGGAGCGACCAAUUGAUAUUAGUGCCCCAUCACCCUCCUCCUUUUGACCAGGUACAGAAGCUCUACUUUGAGACGCAUGACGAAGCCGGCGGUAGAGACACUGUAGCCGAAGUCAUGGCCCAGUUUCGAGACCGGGCGAUUAUCGGGCUUGUGUUCGUCUAUGCAUCGGGUAGAAAAGCAAACAUAGGUGAAUUCAAUACUGGCACCUGUCAAACAGUUCAUUUUGUGCGGAACGCGCGCAUUGUUGGCUUAUCAAGUAUCGUCACGGAGCCCGAACUGAGGGAAAUUGGGUUCGAGGUCGAAUUGAAUGAGCAGUCUGGGUACGAACACCUUACACUCGCCAUGAAUUCGCCCUCCGAUGUGGCCGAUCCCGUCGGGUACGAUUGGCGAGACGUAUGGUGCAAGGACGGGAUGUCUGCGGAAAGUUACCAGUGCUCAGCACGCGACCGUGUGCAUAAGCCGCCGAGCGAGUCGAGGAUACAGGUACCUACGCUUCAAUGCGCAUGGGAUCCUGGCGAGUUGGUCCGCCGGGGUUGCCUCGGAGGCAACGACUAUGACGACGAUGCAGCUGCUUCAGCAGGUGAUGAUGACGAUAGUGAGUUGGCUGACAUGAAAUGGACAUCCCAGCUGAAUUACGGCAUACCUAUGAGUCAACUGUGA